CAGAAACUGAACAAAACUCAUUUUUUCUUUUACUUUCAGUUUCACUUUCUCUCUCUCAGAGAGACUCACAUUUUGUGUUCUAAGCUCCAAACUCUCUCUCUCUCUCUCUCUCUGAAAAUAUUUUCGAAGAGUUCGAGAGAUGCGACUGCGAAGGAGUGUUUUCUGAAUGAGCUUUCUUCCGCUGGUUUAGUUAAAGUAGCUCGCGUUUUGAUUGAAUUAAAGACCAAAAGCCUGCUUGUUUUGCAAAACUGGAGUCUGUGUAGUAGCGGUUAAAUAUGAAUGCGAAUGGACAAAUGGAGGUGCAUUACAUAAACACCGGUUGUCCUUACACGGUUACGGAAAGUUUUAUGAACUUCUUCGAAGGCCUUACUCAUGUGCCAGUCAAUUAUGGACAUACUGUACCUAUGCAUGAUCAGGAAAGUGUAUACUGGUCAAUGAAUAUGCAUUCUUACAAAUUUGGAAUAUCUGGUCCGGGGAAUACUUAUUAUGGUCCUUAUGAGGUAAAUGACCAUUUACCAAGAGCAGAGGUCAGCAGGAGUGCUUGGGAUUACCCUUCAACGAUUAAUGAAGAGCCUGCAACCACAGACUCACAAUCUGAAGGAGAUGCAGUCAUGGGUGUGCAUGCUAUCCCUGAAGAAUGCAGUCCAACUCAUCACAAUAGUAAUAGUCCACAGGUUGCAUGGCAAGACAAUGUUGAUCCAGAUAACAUGACCUAUGAGGAAUUACUUGACUUAGGUGAGGCAGUUGGAACUCAAAGUCGAGGUCUUUCACAGGACCUUAUUAAUUUGCUUCCAACUACAAAGUACAAAUUUAAAAACUUAUUCUCAGCAAAGAAAGCUAGAGAGAGAUGUGUGGUUUGCCAGAUGAGGUACAAAAGAGGUGACCGGCAAAUAAAAUUGCCGUGCAAGCAUGUUUACCAUAGUGAAUGCAUCACCAAAUGGCUUAGCAUUAGCAAGAUAUGCCCAAUUUGCAACACCGAGGUAUUUGGCUAGGAAUCAAAAGGCAAUGUAGCAUCAAGUGGGCAAGAAUAAUGGAAGGAAUCCGGUGUUCACAUACUUGAAUUUUCAUUUUUUUUGCCCUUCUUAUUUAUUUAUUUAUUUUUUCCCCUUUUUGGUACAACUUGGGCUAGUGAAGAACUAUAGUGGCUUCCUCUUUUUUCAUACAGGCUCUGUUCAGUAGAAAAAGAAUCUUAUAAUUUUAGCUUAAAUGAAUUUCAAUUUCAGAAUGGAUUCUGUGGCUGGGCUCUGUAAAUAUAUAGUGAAGGAUUGUUAUUUGAAUUAGUCCUAGUUCUCUAGACUUGACAUUGAUC